UUAAGAUCACAGAUACUUCCUGCUUGUCCUCUUUUCCUCCCUUUGGGAGACGCAUGCGCAAGGCUGGUAUGCUCUCCAGUUUCCCAGAGUACUCAGCGCGGUGAAGAAGCGGCGGUCGCGGGCUGGAGGCAUUUUGUGUCCUGGAUAUCGGCAGCGAGAGAGGAAAAGAGCGAGCGAGAGAGCGACAGACAGACAAGAUGGCGGCGGCCGAGUGAAGUGCCAGUUAGUGGCGGCGGACGGACGGACUCGUUUGGGCUUUUCUUUUCCCUCUUUCCCCCCCCUUCCCCCCCUCCGCGACUCCCUUCUGUUCCUCAGAAGGGGAAAAGCCGCGCUGUCAGCCGGGAAAGUGCGUGGGGCGUCUACUCUCCAGAGAGGCCUAGCGCCGUCCAAGCCGCCGAGACCGAAGCCCCUUCUCCUCCUUCAGUCCUCCCCUGCCCCAUCCCUGGCCGUGGUCGAGCAGGAGCUCCCCGUGGAAAUUUCCGCGGGCUCUCGAAAGCGUGGGAAACAACCCCUAUCCCCCCCAUCCCCUCCGUCGCCAUGGCGAGCAGCAGCGGCUCCAAGGCCGAGUUCAUUGUCGGGAACAAAUACAAGCUGGUGCGGAAGAUUGGCUCGGGCUCCUUCGGGGACAUUUACUUGGCCAUCAAUAUCACCAACGGGGAGGAAGUAGCUGUGAAGUUAGAAUCACAGAAGGCCAGGCAUCCCCAGCUGUUAUAUGAAAGCAAACUAUACAAGAUUCUGCAAGGGGGAGUUGGCAUCCCUCAUAUAAGGUGGUAUGGUCAAGAAAAAGAUUACAAUGUUCUAGUCAUGGAUCUUCUUGGACCUAGUCUUGAAGAUCUCUUCAACUUCUGUUCUCGUAGGUUCACAAUGAAAACAGUACUUAUGUUAGCAGACCAGAUGAUCAGUAGAAUUGAAUAUGUGCAUACAAAGAAUUUUAUACACAGAGACAUUAAACCAGAUAACUUUCUAAUGGGUAUCGGACGUCACUGUAAUAAGUGUUUAGAAUCUCCAGUGGGGAAGAGGAAAAGAAGCAUGACUGUUAGUACUUCUCAGGACCCAUCUUUCUCAGGAUUAAACCAGUUAUUCCUUAUUGACUUUGGGUUGGCCAAAAAGUACCGGGACAACAGAACAAGGCAACACAUACCUUAUAGAGAAGACAAAAAUCUCACUGGUACAGCUAGAUAUGCAAGCAUUAAUGCACAUCUUGGCAUUGAACAGAGUCGUCGUGAUGAUAUGGAGUCAUUAGGAUAUGUAUUGAUGUACUUUAACAGAACCAGCCUGCCGUGGCAAGGAUUAAAGGCUGCAACAAAAAAGCAAAAAUAUGAAAAGAUUAGUGAAAAGAAGAUGUCUACUCCCGUUGAAGUUUUGUGUAAGGGAUUUCCUGCAGAAUUUGCAAUGUACCUGAACUACUGCCGUGGCCUGCGCUUUGAAGAAGCUCCUGAUUAUAUGUAUCUGAGGCAGCUAUUCCGUAUCCUUUUCAGGACUCUGAAUCAUCAAUACGACUACACAUUUGACUGGACAAUGUUAAAGCAGAAAGCCGCACAGCAGGCAGCCUCUUCCAGUGGGCAGGGGCAACAAACCCAAACCCCCACAGGCAAGCAAACUGACAAAUCCAAGAAUAACAUGAAAGGAGGCUCUAUACAGGACUCUGAUAACUGACUGUACACACCAUUUUCAAUCAUAUCAUCAAUGCCUACCAUUUUAGAAUUACCUGAUUAAAAAUAUUUCAAUUACAUCAAAUAUGUCAUAAAAUAUUGGAAAGAAGAAAAACAUUUAGCUGGAAAAAGAAGAAUAGAAACCUACUAUCCACAAAUAGGCAUAGAUAAAUUUAUGAUAACGGAUUACAGCAAGAGGUAAUUGAUGAAAACAGUGUGUCUAUGCAGCAGUCCCUUUUUCUUACGGAUGAGAACACAUCGUUGAUACAAUAUACUCUCUUUGCCAGGAUGCAGUCCAUCAGAGCAAAACAAAGAUCAUAAGGAAAUUAUUGGAUAAAACAUAUAAGAAGAUAAUAGAAAAGUGUGCAAAUCUAGAAGGAACCACUUUUGGUUGAACUAUAUAAUCAUAUUCACAAUAAUCCAAUCGUAUAUGUUUUGAAUCAACAGAAAAAGGAUUGUUUCCUUAUUUAAAUUAUUGAGACAUAAAUGUAUGUAUUAUUGAAUGCUAGCAAGAUUCCAAACUAAAAAUAUUUUAUUAAAAGGCUAAUAUGCAUUUUUGUCAUAAUGAUGCGAAGAUAUCAGGAUGAAGAUACAGAAAUCAAGAAAACCAAAACCAAUAAAAUACCACUUUGUGGAAUAUCCUUCAAGCUAUUCCAGAAGUAAGGAUAAUAAUGCUGAAAUUGCAAAACAUAUCUGCUAUACAAUUAUAAUUUGGCAACAGCUGUUCUGAAAGCAAGAGGACUUGAUUUUACCACAAGCCAUUCAGUAAUUCUAAUUAGUAAAUAUUGAACAGUGUACAAAAGUAGAGAUUGAAAAAUUGUAGCCGGUAUUUUAAAAAGAUGGGGCUAAAGCAAACCUACAAACAUAUGCAGUCUCCUUGAGCCUAUCCCCUUAGCUCUUUGAACUAAGAGCAAGAAAAUAUUGUUUCAUUUCGGCUGGUUUGUUGAAGUGCGAAAGGAAUUGACCAAUAUUUUAAAUUAAAUUUCUAAAGACAGAGUUAAAUGCAGACAUUAACAUGAAGUAUUAAUUAUAGGAGAAUCUAUACUUAUUUUCUUGUCAUUGUUUUCAGUAUUCAAUAUAGAAGAAAUAUUUUAAGGAAGAAUUGCUUAUGACGGGGAUAGCCAGCAAUUAACCCAUCAAAAUGGCUGUAUAGUAUUGUGAUAUAUAAGUGGUAGAUAAGUCUAAGUGCUAUUGAUAUUGCUAAAAUAUACCAAUUAUACUUAAUUUCAUGCCUAGUCAGAUCUAUUUAAGGAACAUUUUUUCUUUAAAAGUUCUAAAAGCAAUAUUCCUGCAUUCGAUUUCAGACUACUGAAAUGAUAAUCCUUUUAUCUAACAACAAUGUCUUCUAUCUGAACUUUUAAAGAAAAGUCUUUUCUUUCUUUGCAUUCAUUUUAAAUUCGGAAGUAAUUUGCGAUUUGAAAAGAGGAAAUGUUUUUUUCCAAUUUACAAAUGAGAUUCGUUCUACCUGUUCUACUUGUUUAAAACAGCAUUUUAUGUGUAUAACUAACCAUUCAGAGAUAUAUUAGUUAAAUAUUGUUUGAAUUUAUUGAAAACCAGAAUAAAACAAGUUAAUUAAUUUCACCUAAAUUGUAAAUAGUAGUGGUAGUAAAUAUUUUCCUAGUGAUUACGCCAAAAAAUCCUUUCAAAUGGCACAGAUUUGAAAGAAACAUCUGUCUUGUAGUAAUGAGUAUAAAAUGGGGAAAGAGAUGGCUUAAUUGGAAAGAGGUGAAGAGAAGGAAGAAAGAUGUUUCCACCAGUGGAGUUGCAAGUGGAAGGAUUAUAUUGGAGAAGGAGGACAAGGGCUGAAGUUGGUGACUGAUUGAGAUCGUGUUAGCAGGAGAUAGUGUUACAUAAAACAAAUACUACAAUAUUUAUAUCUUGGGGAGGGAGGUGAUGGUAGAAAGGGUGAAAGUGCAUUUAAUCCUUGACUUACGGCCACAAUUGACCUUUGGAUUUCAGUCAUAAAUCACUGCAGUCAUUUAAGCAAGGCAGCCAUGUGUUUGCCUUGUUCUGAGCUCUUGUCAUUGUGGUACUGGUUCUGGGGAUGCCCCCUGUAUGCAGAAACUUCCACAAGACCAGAAGCAUCAAUCGGCUAGGCCCAGCAGAAUGCAGACCCUUCUCCCUGUGCAAUUUGGAGAAGGAGUCUUCCAAGCUAAGAAUGAUGGCAAUUACUAGUGUUUUACCUUCCUAAGAGGAAAACGCUAGCGAGGCUGGCAUUCUGAAAGGCUCUGAACCUCAGCAUUUUGGAACUUAAUAUAUUAAGUUACAUGUUAUACAACUCAAGUUGUAUCAAUCCAGCUUUCAUAUAUCCCAGCUCAUAAUCUGGAAUGUCUCAGUGGGGCUUUUUUAAUUCCAUUUUUGGUUGGCUGAUUGGUUGGCUUUUUGUUUUGGUGAACAGAAUGCCAGGAAUACAUCAGAAAAUAUGGUGCUGCAGUAGAUCAUCUUGCUUGAUAUCUGUAUGUUAAAAGGAAAGACAAAUUAUGUUUCUUAUUCUAUAAUAUGCUCACAGCUAGACUUCUGUUAUGGCAGAGGCACGAAGGCUAUAGAAAAACCCAUUGGAAUUUUGAAUUAGGGCAGAUUAAUAUGACAGUGCAAUAUAAAGGAAUUCGGAUGAUAGGAACAAUAGAACAGAGUUAUAUUAAAAGCUUUUUAAAUGCAAAGUAUUAAUUUACAAUUGCUACUUCAGUGGGUAAUUCAGACUUUUGCUCAUUUACAAAUUGUUCAUCCAAGAGUGAAAAAUCAGAAGGAAGCUGAAAAAGGCUGUUUGUACACUAUAUGAGUAAAAAUUGCUAACUAAAAAAGUUGGAACAACACUAAUAUUAUAAUCCACUUGAAAUAAUUAAUUUAAAAGACUUAAUUUUCUUUACAGUAUCUCUUUACAUAUGGUAUGAUACAGGUAGUCCUCAAGUUAGGAUCACAACUGAGCCCAAAAUUUCUGUUGGUAACCGAGACAAUUGUUAAGU